UUUUUUCUCCUCUUUAUCCAGAUUGAUGCUGAUAUUAGUUUGAAAAAGAAUGAUGGCAUCAAAACCUCCCACUCAGGAGUAUGGAGUCCGAGUACCCAAGAAUUUUCGGAAGAGCUUCAGCAUCAUGAAGUUCAAUGCAGCACUGAAUGUCAAUCCAGAGAAGUGGUCUCAAGUAAGGAUGGAGAGGGAAGACAAUACAAAGGAGUUCAAAGCUGAUGAUGAAACUCCCAAGUUCGGUGCUGGUAGUGAAUAUGGACGGGAGCAGAGGGAAGAAGCUAGAAGGAAGAGGUACGGAUAUGGUGGAAAAAAGUAUCAGCCCGAAGAUCAGCCAUGGCAUCUCCGACUUGGUGGAAAAUCGGGCAAAAGGUUCCGUGGGACCCGUGAAGGAGGCGUAAAGGAGAAUGCCUCGUAUUAUAUCUUCACCCAGUCUGCAGAUGGUGCAUUUGAGGCAUAUCCAAUUGAAGAUUGGUAUAACUUUGUUCCAAUUGCACGAUUCAAGCACCUCACAGCUGAUGAGGCUGAGGAAGAAUUUGUCAAGAGAGACAAAAUCUUGAACUACUUCAGUGUGAUGAGAAAGAAGCUGAAGUCAGAUGAAGCGGGAGAGGGGGAAGAGGAAGAGAAGGAGAAAUCUAACAAACGCUCCAGUGAUUUCAAGAUCUCAGAAAUGGACGAAUGGAUCCACUCAUCAGAUGAAGAAGACGAAGAUGAUGAUGAAGAUGGGGAAAAGAAGAAGACAAAGAAGAAGGGUCAGGGCAACGACAGCGACUCUGAUGCCGAAAAGAAGAAGCAGAAGAAGAAGAAAGCCUCGAAUCAGGCCAAGAAGAAGAAAGAACCCAAGGGAAGUGAUGAUGAAGCAGUUGAAGAGAGUGAUGAUGGGGAUGAGGAGGGUCAAGAGUUGGAUUACAUCUCAGACUCUUCGUCAAGUGAGGAGGAGUUGGAAAAGAAAAUGGAUGACAAGGGUGUAGAUCAGGAGGAUGGGAUGAGAAAACUCCUUACCUCAGAUGAGGAAAGUGAGGAAGAGGAAGGGGAGAAGGAGGAGGGAGAUGAGGAUGAAGAGGAAGGGAAAGAAGAGGAGGAUGCAGCUGGUGAACCAUCAUCUUCAGCCAAGAAAAAGAAGAAGAAGAAGAAGAAAAAGGCAUCUUCCGCUGGGAAGGAUGCUCAAGAAGGCUCCUCAGGAGAGAACAGCUCUGAUGGCUCAGAUCUGGAUGUGGAUGCUAAAGCAACCACAAACUCACAGAAGAAGAAGAGCUCUAAGCCAAACAGUGAGAGUGGAUCCAGGCCAGAGAGUCGCCAAGGAGAGGCAAAUAGUGAAUCUGGGACUGGGUCAAAGAGGAAGGCUGAGGAAGAAUCAGUGGGGCAGCAAAUAGCCAAGAAACUCAAGACUGACUCCUCAUCUUCUGCCUCGGCUGGACCCAUUCUGCCUCCCAAUGUCCUUCAAACUGCCAGCGAAUCCGGAUUGACAGAAGAGACGGUACGUCGCUACUUGAUGCGCAAGCCCAUGUCAGGAAAGGAACUUUUGCAGAAGUUCAAGAGCAAGAAGACAGGUCUUUCCUCUGAUGAUCUGGUGUCCCUCAUUGCCCACAUCAUCAAGAAGAUUAAUCCUGAUCGGAAGAAGAUAAAAGAUGUAAUGUACUUUUCUAUCAAGGCCUGAAGUCUUGGGACUGCAGUUGUAGUUCCUUUUUGCUGGUUCAUGGUUCUCAGCUGCUCAUGAUGGACAUCUUCAGUUUCGAAUUUAUUUGUGAACAAUAAAAUAAAAUAUCAUUUCUACACGAGUACUACAGGCACUAGAGUGGUCAGCCUUUGAUGCUUUCCUUUCUCUUUGAUGAAUAUGAGG